AUGAGAAAUGCAGGGUGGGCCAAGAACCGAACGGAAAGAAGAAGAAGAAGAAGAAGAACAACUACAAGGGACCAAGACGUUGCUUUAGAUCUAGGAGAGACAAUCGUCGUGUCGUCGAUUCCACUCCCGCUACAAUACCAAUCUUAGUUACCCUCCAAUCAGGUGUCGAUUCUCUCCUUUCGAUUUUGUUCUUGGGAUAAUUUUGGCGCUCGAUUUCCUCGGGACCUGAUAAUUUUGGUUUGCUGCAGUUUGUUAUCGUCGGUUAUUUGCUUUUCGUCUUAUUCCUUUUUAAAUUUUGGGGGAUUUAGAGCCGCGAUCUGUUGGACCUAAUGGUUGUAUAGAGCUGUCGUCGGUGGAUUGGAUCGAAUUGAAUGGACAAAAACAAGAACCGUACCGAUCUGCUUGCGGCUGGCCGGAAAAAGCUUCAACAGUUCAGGCAAAAGAAGGAUAAUAAAGGAAGUAACAGUAAAUCUUCAGGUAAAGCUGGUAAAUCUGGGCAUGACGCACAGCCGCAAGCUGGAGACGGAGAAACAUCCAAGAAUGAGGUGGAAACUGCUGUUGCAAUUUCAGAGUCUACCGACACAGUGGAUUCAAUGGCAACUGAUGUUGCUGCCGCCGGUGAUGAAAUUUCAGCAAAGGGAGGUAUUGGGGAUGCAGCGGCUCCUGGAUUUCCAUCAGAGGGUUCUGGAAUAGAUCAGGCUAAAUUGAAUCAAAGUGGAAAAGAUGGACAAGAUGUUGAUUCUGGGGUCCCCAUGGAUGGAAGAUCAUCUGCUUUGGCACCCGAGGACACCAAAGACAGCAAGAAAAGCAAUUCAGAUCCGACAAGUCUAAAUGAACAGCUACCGGAUUCGGGUACAGCUUUACCUGUUGAGUUUUCAUCUGACAGGCAGGAUGGGGGAGAGCAGGUAACAGAUGUAGGGGCAAUGCAGGAUGUUGAACGUACCGGUGGGAGCCAAAGUGAUAAAGGCACGGUGAAGAAUUUCGAAGAAGGCGGUACUCUUCCUUCAAGUGGUUUCAGUGGGAACCCUGAUUCAGGCACUGUUCCCAAAGAGGAGGAAAUCAAUGUUGCUGCACAUUCUACUAGUUCUGAUAGCACUUUAUCGACUGGUGAUUAUGCCAAGGAUCUCAGAAAAAGUCAGAAGAGGCAAGGGCUUUUGGUCCUCAUUGAUCCUUCUGAAAGUUCUGAUGUUGACUUUCAGCAAGCUGAAAGGAGAUUGGGCGAUUCUCCAAAUGGCAAGAAUACUGAAGCGCUCAAUACAUCAGGCAGUCAUGUUAACAUUCGCACUGAAGGCGAGUUCCCGGAUGCAGAAAGUUCUGAUGUCAAAACUACUAACACUGCAGAAUCUUUUGGAUAUAGGAAGGUAGAUCUGUCACCAGUUUUACAUGGAAGUACGAUCCAACUUUCUCAGCUUUCCAAAAUUUUGCAAGUACUUGAUGAAGAUGAAUUCAGGUUCUUGUUUGCGUCAUCAUUGGAAAAAUAUAGGGAUAACCCUGAGAUUAAAGUCAAUGCAUCUGUUUUUCAUGACACAUUUGAGAGGCUCCAAGAACAGUUAUAUGUUACAAGCUUUUCGAAAGAUGCAAUGCAGUUACAGCUUUGUGAACAGCAAAAGUUGGUUGAUAAACUUUGUGCAGCCAAUGCUUCACAGAUUGAAGGUCAGGAGAAGAAUGAGGCAUUUAAUGAAGAUAUUACCACGUGUAGGAGGGAACUUCAAGAGGUUGCUUUAGAGAGGGAAGAGCUUCAGAAGCAGCAUAACUUUUCAAAAACUGGUGUUGAGGAUCUUACUGCUAAAGUGAAUGAAUUGCAAAAUAAACUCGAAAUGGCACAGGGGGAAAUCUCUAGCCUAUCCUCUGAGCUUCUUGACUGCAGAAGUUUGGUGGGAUACUUGCAGACAGAAAAUGAAAACUUAAAUGGGAGUUUAAAACGGAUGGCUGAAGAGAAGGAGAAGCUUUUAGAGGAGAAUAGAUUUAUUUCGCUUGAAAAAGAAAAAUUGUCAGGAGAACUAGCUCAGUCCAAUGUCUCUGUGGAAUCGGAACGUUUGCAAGCAGAACACAAUAAAGCCCUGGAUGACUUAAAAGAAGCAACAAUUUGCAUUGAUCAAUUAACCAAAGAGAAAGAUGCUCUCAAUGCUGAUUUAGAGUUUCUCAAGGGCAAACUCGAUGAUCUUAAUCAAAAGAGGUUUGCCACAGUUGGAAGUAAAGGGGCUGGAAAUGACAUUGAUGAAGCUGACUGGUCAUCUCUGGAGCAGCUGAAAGCUAAGGCUUAUGAUGAUGCCUUUGGAUUUUUUGCUUUAAAAAGAAACUUGGGAAAUGCAGAAAUGAUGAUGCGGAAACUUGAGAAUGCAAUUGAAGGAAUGCACUUGCGUUCGUAUUCACUGAGUAAGGCAGCUACUAAAGUUUCUUCUCCUAAGGUAUCGAGGUUGAUUCAUGCUUUUGAGACGAAAAACCAUGUGGAUGAGCAAGAUCCAGAAAAAAAUUCGUCAUUCGAAAACCAAUCCACUGAAGAUCUAUACUUGAGGGCCAAAAUGUUCACAGAUAACCUGAGAGUUUUACUGGAGGAGUUGGUAGAUGAUGCAGAGAAUGCGAGUGAAGUCUGUAGAUUAAUUCAGAAUACACUAUGUACUGAGGCUACUAACUUGGACAGGAGCAAGUAUACUACACUGAGAGAGGACACCGAUCAGGUUGAAAGAGCAAAUAUAGAGCUUAUGGUUCUGUCUGAAGUUAUGAGACUACAUGGAUGUGAUGCUGCGGAAAGAGAGAAUGAACUUCUCAGUUUAUGCAAUGCCCUGCAGAAGCAAGAGCUUACUCUGGCAUCUGAGAAAAAUCAACUUAGAGAGAAGGUGGAGGAAUUUGAAAUCAAAAUUCAUGAGCUGCAGAGUCAGUUGGAUCUAGUGAGCAGAGAUGCAGACGAGAAGGUUGCCUCUAUCUCUGAUGAAAUGCAAACUCUUAAGGCAGAGGUGGCUCACAGGGAAUUGAUUCUUGAAGAACAAUGGAGAUCAGUUUCUGCUCAGGUUAUCGAUAGAGUUGGUGAGCUAUAUUCUACUGUUGAGACAGUUUCCAACACGCUCGCUCCUGGAGAUGGUAGCAAUGAUAUUGUGGGCUAUGUUGCUGCUUCUGUUCGUGGUGCCUGCAAAAUGAUUGAAGAUCUGCGUGGACAACUUGAAUCUGCUCUCAGUGACCGAAAAGAGAUCUUGGAUAGAAGUAAUAUGACCUUAAAUGCAUUGCAUAACUUAUACGAUGAACUCAGUGAACUUGUGAUAACAUUCAGAACCCACCAAGAUAAAACACAGAGUUUGGUGGCAGACAACGUGCCAGAUCUUUUACAUGACAAUGUUUCCAGUAUGAUCUUGAAUCAGUUAAAGGAACUUUUAGGCGAGAGAUUGCAGCUUGAGUCUGAAAAUCACCGACUCAAUGCAGAGUUGGUUGCCAAGUUAGGACAAAUUGAUGAUCUGGAUAAAAGAUGUCUUAAAUCAGAUACUAUCAUGAAGUUGGUUGAAGAGAUUGAGCAUUCAGUUAUGCUUGGAGUGACAGGGACUAACACAGACGAUCCUUUCUCACGCCUGGAGACUCUGAUCCUUUUGCUUGCACAGAAGUAUAAAGAAGCUGAUAAGCAUCUGAGCUUAUCAAAAUCUCUGGAAAUGCAAUUUAGUGGUCUUCAGGGACAAGUGGAUCAAUUGCAUCUUGUUCUUGUUCAAUAUGAAAAUGAAAAUCUUGUUUUGAAGGACAGUUUGAAGAGUACUGGGAUGGAUAUUGUUGAUCUUAAUACUAAACUAAAGGAAAAAAUUGCUGAACUUGAACAGUCAGAGCAACGGGUUUUGUCCGUUAGAGAGAAGCUGAGCAGAGCUGUUACAAAGGGGAAAGGUCUUAUUUCAAAGCGCGAUAGUCUCGAGCAGUCUUUGGCUGAGACAUCCAAAGAAUUGGAUAAAUGCACGCAGGAGCUAUCAUCUAAAGAUGCUAAGCUCCAUGAACUUGAAACAAAGUUAAGAGUCUACUCUGAGGCAGGUGAGCGCAUGGAAGCUUUGGAAUCUGAGCUUUCAUACAUCCGCAACUCAGCCACUGCUUUACGAGAAUCAUUUCUGCUGAAAGACUCUGUCCUGCAGAGAAUAGAAGAGAUUCUAGAAGAUAUAGAGCUGCCGGAGCAUUUCCAUUUGAAAAGUACAAUCGAGAAGGUCGAAUGGCUUGCUAAAUCUACUGGAGGAAAUUCUCAACCAAUAGGUGACUGGGAACAAAGAAGUUCGAUGGGGGGAGCUUCAUAUUCCGAUACUGGACUUGUUGGUGCAGAAGCCUUGAAGGACUCCAUGCAGCCGAACCUUGAUUCCAUUGAUGACUUGAGGAGAAGAUAUGAUGAGUUGGAAAACAAAUAUUAUGGGAUAGCUGAGCAGAAUGAGAUGCUUGAACAAUCAUUAAUAGAUAUGAACAACCUUUUACAUCAGUGGGAAGGAAUUUUGGACAGAGUUGAUAUGCCUUCUCAAUUGCGGUCCAUGGAGCCUGAAGAUAAAAUUCAAUGGUUGGAAAAUGCGUUUUCAGCAGCCCAGAACCAUUGUUAUUCUCUGCAGAAGAGGGUUCAUGGCUUGGAGAGUUUUUGUGAAUCACUAGCUGUAGAUGCGGAAGAUUCUCAAAGGAGAACAUCUGAGCUUGUUGCAGCAUUUCAGCUGGUCUGUGUAGAGAAAGAAAUCACAUUACUGGACUUGGAGAUCCUGAGUCAUGAAAAUGAGGAGAUCUCAAAGAAGAUUGCUAAUUUGGAAGUUAGAAAUGAGAAUCUUCAGUAUGAAGUGAGUAUGUUUCAAGAAGACAAGAUUCGGCUUGCAGAAGAUGCUCAUCACACCAAUGAUGCAAUUAGAAGAGUGAGUGAAUUAGUAUGUGAUGCUCUUCAGGAGCCUUGUACAGAAGGCACAUUACACGGUCGGGAAGGUGUUAUUUGUUUAGAGGAAAUGUUGAGGAAACUUGUAGAAAAAUAUAAUACAUCCACUUGGAAUCCUGUUAGUAAUGAACCUAUCGACGUGCAUGCUGCUGAAAAGGAAGAAAUGUCUUACACUUCAAGGGCAUUUGACGAGCAGGAUGUAGAGUCCCUCAGAAAAGAGUUGGAAGAUUCCGCCGCUGAAUAUAUGAUAUUGAAGGAGGAGAGAGAUGGAUACAUGCUGAAAAAUCAGUCUUUGCUCCAUGAAGUUGAAGAAUUGGAAAUCAAAAAGAAAGAAUUGCAUGAACUACUCAACCAGGAGGAAUUGAAAUCAGCUUCUUUGACAGAGAACCUGAGCAAAAAACUGGAAAGUUGUGAAAAUGAAUUGAGGAUUUUGAAAGAGGAGAAAGAGAGAGAUGAAAUCAGCAAUCAAUCAUUGCUUUGUCAAAUUGAAGAUCUGGAAAUGAAAAGCAAAGAUUUGAAAGAGCUACUUAACCAGGAGGAACUGAGAUCAGCAUCUCUGAGGGAUACCCUGAACAAGAAGCUUGAAGAUUCUAUGGGUGAAUUAUCUGUUUUGAAGGAGGAGAGAGAUAGAUAUGUUAUAAACAAUCAAUCCUUCCUCCAUGAAGUCCAAGAAUUGGAAAUGAAAAGAAAAGAGUUGGAAGAUCUACUUCAUCAAGAGAAGCUGAAGUCGUCUUCCUUGCAAGAACUACUUAGCAAGGAGGAACUGAACUCUGUUUCUUUGAGAGAGACCCUGACCAAAAAGCUGGAAGAUUAUAUUGGCGAAUUGACAAUUUUGAAGGAGGGGAAGGACAAAUAUAUGCUAUCCAAUCAAACCCUACAGCAUGAAGUUGAAGCAUUGGGAUUGGAAAAGAGAGAAUUGCAAGAGUUACUGAGCCAGGAGGAAUUGAAAUCAGCUACUGUGAGCCAAAAGGUGCAAGAUACUACAAGUGUAGUAAUGAUUCUGAAGGAGGAGAAAGAGAGUCUUGUGCAAAUCAAUCAAUCCUUACUGCAUGAAGUCGAAGAACUGGAAAUGAGAAGUAAAGAAUUGCAAGAGCUACUCAAUCAGGAGGAAAGGAAAUCGGCUUCUUUGGCAGAGACCCUGCAAAACGUGCAAGACUCUAUGGGUGAUCUGAUGAAUCUGAAAGGCGAGAAAGAGAAUCUUGUCCAGAACAAUCAGGCCUUAGUCCGUACAGUUGAAGAACUGGAACUGAAAAAGAAAGAAUUGCAGGAGACCCUGCAAACUGUGCAAGACUCUAUGGGCGAACUGAUACUUCUGAAAGGCGAGAAAGAGAAUCUUGUCCAGAACAAUCAGACCUUAGUCCGUACAGUUGAAGAACUGGAAGUGAAGAGGAAAGAAUUGCAGGAGCUACUUAAUCAGGAGGAACAGAAAUCAAGUUCUUUGAGAGAGAAGUUAAAUGUAGCUGUUCGGAAGGGGAAGUCUUUGGUGCAGCAACGAGAUAGAAUGAACCAAGUAAUGGAAGAGCAAAAUGCUGAACUUGAGCGCCUCAGAUCAGAGUCUCAGCAUAGCGCAAAAUCUGUUUCCGAGUACGAAGAACAGACCAAGAACUUGCUAACUGCCCAGGAAAGGUUACGAGUUAUGGAAUCUGAAACAGCUGUUCUUAGGUCUCGUGUGGAAGAAUUUGAGCGCAGUUUGCAGGAAAAAGAUUAUAGAUGGAACAGUAUUGUGGAUGCUCUGGAACAUAUUGAUCUUGGUAAUGAACUAAAUUCUGGAAAUCCUUAUGAGAAGAUAAAGUAUGUAGGAGCACAUUUGACUGAUCUACAUACUCGCAUGGAUUCCCUUGAGCAAGAAACAAGAAAAUCGAAAAGAGCAGCUGAAUUACUACUCACGGAGUUGAAUGAAGUUCAAGAAAGAAAUGAUAACCUUCAAGACGAGCUAGCGAAAGCAGGUUAUGAGUUUUCAGAACUUUCUAGGGAAAAAGAUUUAGCAGAAAAAGCUAAAAGAGAAGCUUUUGCAAAGAUUGAGAAUCUUUAUCUCUCACAUUCUGAGGAGAAGGACAGACAUUUGUCUGAAACUAUGGUGUUGAGAUCUAGUGUGGACAGCUUGAGAGAGGACAUAUCCUCCAUUGAAAGAGAGCUGAAUGGGGUACUCUUCAGCGAUUUUGAAGUUCUGCAGAACUUGAAGGCUGUGUUGAAAUCAUUGUUUGAAUCAGGUGUUACCUCUGACUUUGACACUCUAUUUUCUGGUAGCUUCCACCAUGGAGCCAUGCCAAGGAAAUCAGAAAAUAAGGUUUUUAUGAAUGAAAUUGAUUCCCUAAGGGAGCUAAUUUACAACCAUUCACAUUCAUUGCAACAAGAGGCUUCCCAAUUAUUUGAAGUGGUGGAGAAUGUUCAUAGAGGAUAUAAUUCUCAUAAAGGGAUAUGUGAAUCUAUGAAGAAAGAUGUUCAGAAGCUGGAAUCAAUCGUGAAAGAGAAGGAGUCUGAACUACAUAUUUUGCAAGGGAACAUUUCAUUGCUUUAUGAAACUUGUGGGAGUGCAAUUUCUGAAAUUGAAAAUUUGAAGCAUGUGGCCGGAAAUGCAAUGGCUUCAAGAUCUCCAGCAAGGAGUAAGUCUCAAAUACCUGGUGAAGGAUUGAAUAACUCCGCAAAUGGCAUUCCCAUCAUCAAUGAGGAAGGCAUCAGGAGCAUACGAGACAACCUGUUAUUGGUGGUAAGGGACAUCAUACACAUGCAAAAUGACCUUGUGGAAUCUGGCCAGGAUGAGAUGAAGCGUACCAUAUCGAAUCUACAGAAAGAGCUACAGGAGAAAGACAUCCAAAGAGACAGGGUUUGUACUGAGCUUGUUAAUCAGAUAAAGGAAGCUGAAACUAAUGCAAAGAACCAUUUGCACGAACUGCAGCAAGUAAAAAUGCAGCUGCAUGAUGCACAGAGAAAAUUGAAUGCAAUGGAAGAGGAGCAUAAAGUUUUGGAUCAGACAAUUAAAGAACUAAAGGAUCAGGAAACUGAUUCCAAUGAUCUGCGGCAGAAAGUUAACUCACUGACGGAGGCAUUAGCUGCAAAAGUGCAAGAGAAUGAGGCUUUGAUGCAAGCCCUUGACGCACAGGAGGCAGAAAUGGAGGACCUUACAGACAAGGUUGCGGGUCUGGAGAAUGAACUGCAACAAAAGAACAAAGACCUGGAGAAUCUUGAAACUUCACGUGCCAAGGCAUUGAAGAAGCUUUCUGUUACUGUAGGCAAGUUUGAUGAGCUUCAUCAUUUCUCUGAAAGUCUUCUAUCAGAAGUUGAGAAACUCCAAUCCCAACUACAAGAGCGAGAUUCAGAAGUUUCUUUCCUCAGGCAAGAGGUUACUAGGUGCACAAAUGACGCAUUGACUAUUACUGAGCUGCAGAAGAGUAGUUCAGAUGAGAUUCGUAACUUGCUGUCUUGGUUAGAUUCUACGAUGUCUAAGGGACAGAUGCAGGAUAUUAUUGCUGAUGAUCCAAAACGUUUUCCAGUUGUUGAAUAUAAGGCGGCAUUGGAGAAAAAGAUUCUGGACUUGAUAUCUGAAUUAGAAAAUCUUCGCUUGGAUGCCCAGAAAAGUGAUAUUCUAUUGCAAAAGGAGAGAAGUAAAGUGGAAGAUUUAACUCAAAAGGAACAGUAUCUUAUAAAUUCUCUAGAUGAGAAAGAAUCUCAACUAGUAAAGCUUAAAGAAACCGGAGAUUCUUCAAAAUCUACAAAGUCUCCUUCAGAGAUUGUGGAGGUUGAUGCCAAGCCAAACAAAUGGGCUUCCUCAGGAACCAUUGCACCACAAGUUCGUAGUCUGCGGAAAACAAAUAAUGAUCAAGUUGCAAUCGCAAUAGAUGUGGAUCAAAGUAAUACCCAGUUGGAGGAUGAUGAUGAUAAAGCUCACGGGUUCAAAUCACUCACGACAUCCAAGUUUGUCCCAAGAUUUACAAGACCUGUGUCAGACCUAGUCGACGGCCUGUGGGUGUCCUGUGAUCGAGCACUAAUGCGACAGCCUGCUCUGCGACUCACUGUAAUGCUGUAUUGGGCCGUGCUCCAUGCACUCCUCGCAACUUUUGUAGUCUGAGAUCUGUUCUGCAGGUUUUCGAUGAUCUGGGCUAGAGAUCACAGUUUUACAUGAAGAUAGAUUAUACAGACUGGCUUCAGCAGCAUCUCACACUUAGGAAGUUCGAUUCGAUUUGGUUUGGUUUAUUCAUUUGUUAUUCAUGUAACCAGGAAAACUGUGAUUUCCUCUAUAUUUUUUAUACGACAAAUCACAGAUUGCUUGGUGUUUGUCCAAUAAGAGGAACAAGAUUUGUCAAAUAGUUUAAGUAUAUACACACACAAUACAGUAGAAAUUUAAGCUGUAGAAAUAUAGCCCUAGUUUGUUGCAAGACAAGCAAUUCUCUAUAUCUCUCUACUUCUUUUGUUUUUUGAAAAUGGGUAGUAGAAAUUCCCAAAUAUUAUUAUUGACUGAUUUAUUUAUUGAAUUGGCAA